AUGGGUCGUCUUCACUCCAACGGAAAGGGCAUCUCUUCGAGCGCCAUCCCAUACUCGCGCGCUCCACCGGCCUGGCUCAAGACCACGCCGGACCAGGUCGUCGACCAGAUCUGCAAGCUCGCAAAGAAGGGUGCCGCCCCAUCGCAGAUUGGUGUUGUCCUCCGUGACAGCCACGGUGUCGCUCAGGUCAAGGUCGUCACUGGUAACAAGAUCCUCCGUAUCCUGAAGUCCAACGGCCUCGCCCCAGAGAUCCCAGAGGACCUCUACAUGCUCAUCAAGAAGGCUGUGGCCGUCCGCAAGCACCUCGAGCGCAACCGCAAGGACAAGGACAGCAAGUUCCGCCUGAUUCUCAUCGAGUCCCGUAUCCACCGUCUCUCCCGCUACUACAAGACCGUCGGUGCCCUGCCACCAACUUGGAGAUACGAGAGCGCCACUGCCAGCACCCUUGUCGCAUAA